UCCGCAUCGCGAUUAAAGAAGCAAGUCUUGUUGGGGACGACGGAAGAGAGCAGCAGCGGCAGCCGACAUACACGAACAACGAUUGCUUCGUUGAAAUUGCCCUAGGGAUAUGAUGGACGGAUCUGUCGGAUCGUCAGCAGCCGCUGAUCUGUCGAAGGCCGACCUGGAGGCGUCGAAGAGGCUGAUCUUGCGGUGGGAUUCCACGGCGACUUCGGCCGGGGAGCGGAUGUUGUUUGACGGCGGGGACCGCUCCGAUGGGGAGAGUUAUCUCCGCGCCUUCGACGACAUCCGACGCUCCAUCAAGGAGCCGGGCGCGGCGGGAAGCCCGCGGCGGUCGUCCUCGUCGGGGAACGUGAUCCAGACCGCGAUGGUGCGGCUGGAGGACGAGUUCCGGAACUUGUUGCUGACCCGGGCGACCGAGAUUGAUGUCGAAGCGUUCGUGGAUCUGAGCUCGCUCUCGAUGAGCUCCGCUUCGGGGGAAGGGAUCAACGGUCUGUCUGAUGUUGAGGGCGGCGGGGAUGCGAGUGGUGAGUCCGAAUCCGUGAGUGGGAGCAGCAGAAUCCGCCGGAGCAGCAUCGGGUCGAUGAAAAGUAUCCGGGAGAUCGAUCUGCUGCCGGCCGACGCGCUAGAUGACCUCCGGAGCAUCGCGGAGCGUAUGAUUGACGCCGGGUACGACCGGGAGUGCAUCCAAGUGUACGCCGGCGUCCGGAAGGCAGCGGUGGACGCUUGCCUCAGGAAGCUAGGGGUGGAGAAGCUUAGCAUCGGGGAAGUCCAGCGUCUCGAGUGGGACGCUCUCGAGGCAAAUAUACGACGCUGGAUCCGCGCCGCCCGGAUCUGCGUUCGGAUCGUCUUUGCCAGCGAGCGUCUCCUUUGUGAACGCAUCUUUGAAGGCCUUGGGAUCUCUGAUGAUACCUCUUUCACCGAAACAGUCAAAGGCGCUGCUAUCCAACUCUUUGGAUUCGCCGAAGCCAUCAGCAUCGGUCGUAGGUCACCGGAGAAGCUAUUCAAAAUUAUCGAUCUCCAUGACACAAUCUCUGAUCUCCUCCCGGAUGUUGGGGCUGUCUUCCAAUCCAAGUCUUCCGAAUCCAUCUAUACCCAAGCCGCCGAGAUCCUCUCCCGGCUUGCGGAGGCUAUCAGAGGAAUCCUUUCUGAGUUCGAGAACGCAGUGCUUCGGGAUCCACCCAAGACCCCGGUUCCUGGUGGCACCAUCCAUCCACUCACUCGGUAUGUGAUGAACUACAUCAAUCUCAUCUCCGACUACAAGCCCACUCUCAUGAAACUCAUAGUAACAAGACCAUCAGCUAGUGCCAGGUUAUCUAGUGAUGACUUUGCUGCAGCUGGCUCUGCACCAUUGGAGCUUGAUUUCCCGGAGUCUGAGAAUCAGACUCCACUCUCUACUCACUUGACUUGGAUCAUAGUUGUACUGCAGCACAAUCUUGAGAACAAGGCGGCUCUUUACAAGGAUAACGCUCUUUCCCACCUCUUCUUGAUGAACAAUAUCCACUAUAUAGUACACAAGGUGAAGGGUUCAUCCGAGCUCCGCGAGAUGAUUGGUGAUGACUACUUGAGAAAGCUCACGGGGAAGUUCCGACUGUCUGCAACUAGCUAUCAGAGAGCUACGUGGGUCAAAAUUCUCCACUGUUUGAGAGAUGAGGGGAUUCAUGUUAGUGGUAGCUUCUCAUCGGGAGUCUCCAAGUCCACGUUGAGAGAGAGGUUUAAGUCUUUCAAUGCUUCUUUUGAUGAAGCUCAUAAAACCCAAGCGAGUUGGUUUGUGCCAGACACCCAGUUGAGGGAGGAGCUCAGGAUUUCAAUCUCAGAAAGGUUGUUGCCCGCAUACAGGGCCUUUCUUGGGCGGUUCCGACAACAUAUAGAGAGUGGUAGACACCCGGAGUUGUACAUCAAGUACACUGUUGAGGAUCUUGAAAUGGCUUUAUCUGAUUUUUUUGAGGGGUUUAAUCCUUCUCAACACAACAGAAGAAGAUCUCACUAAUCAUGUGAUGCUUAGAGACUGUUGAUUGUGGAAGUCGAGAUUCUUUAGAUUCUUAGGAGGGAAACAUCAUCUCAAAAAUUAACAGCUCAGCUGAUUGGAAGUAUUCAACAACGUUGUGUAAUUGGGGAAUUGGAGUUGCCACAUACUAUAUGUAUUUGAUAUGAAGACCUUGCUGAUUGAUUUCUCUUAGCAUAUGCCAGUUAAAGUUUCCCUCUGUAAGAAAAUUUGUUUCUUUACUUUUUUUUUAUUUCACUAUUUGUUUAGCAUGUUCAUAGUGUCUGCGACUGGUGUCCUUUUGAGAAUCAGCAAAUAUAACAUACAUUAUAGGACACUUUUUUCUUGUAAGUUUUGCUUGCCAUGGACUAUUAAGAUGUGAUGGGGCGACAUAGCUAAGUAAUUCUAGAUGGUUUACAAUUUUGAUCACUGAUCUUAUCAGUUAUUUAUUUAUCUUCUUUAAAUAUCUGAUUCGUCUUUAGAUGUUUGCAUAUCAAAGAAAGCACUUAUCAGAAAUCCAAGCAUGUUUGCUUGCUCUAUCUCUUUUUCUUUUGUCUUAAAUGACUUAUAACAUAGCAAUGUCUUGGAUUGUCACUUUGUGAUCACUUUAGAAUGGAUAACUAUGAUAACUGAGUGUUUUAAUUAUUGUGUGCAUUCACUUCUGUACAAAACAGAGAAUUUGAAUUUACUUCAGUCAAAUCUUUACUACAAUAAACUUCAGAUUUAUGCAAAAAACAAAGGCAUGAUAAUCUUAAUUGUCAUUUCAAAUGGUUGAGAAUGUCAUAGGAAACCAGGGAUCAUAAAGGGUAAUUUCUUAUUAGAAUAUUGAUUGCUGAUUGGUGCACUUUGGAACCAAGAGAUUCAACAGGCAUUGACAUUUCCAUUGACAGAUGUAAUGGUUCAUUUUUUCCAUCGGUUAUGCUCUAAAUCAAGGAUAACUUCAUAGUAUUCUUUGCACUACUUGAGCUUGUUUUUGUGAAAUUCUUCUGCACAGGGCCACUCUAUUUGUUUACAUUAUCCAUGUACUAUAGGGAAUCAGCUCGGUACGCCAGCCUUUAGGAAUCAAUAUUAUUUGUUGGGCAUCUUUAGGAUAGAUGACAUAAGGUUGGAGAUUCUCGAAAGAAGAAGACGAUCGUCUUAUUUAAAAAUAACUGAACAUGGAGGCAUAUGAGGAGAAACAGUGAUAAUAAUGGUGACUUAUGAGACAAUUUUCCUAUUAUCCCCCCUCCUCCCUGCUAAUUGGCAUUCAAUUUUGCAUAUAAGUUAGAAUACUUGACAAAGUUUUCAUACCUACCAAAAACAAAGUAAGAUAAUUUGUUUUAAUGAAAAACAAUCAUAUAAUCAUUUUAGAUGUUGAUUUUUCCAGCGCUUGUUUGAUUCUCUAGCUUCUGAAUGUUUUUGCAUUAUGCUUAUCAACAUUGCAAGCAAGCUAACGCUGAUAAGUUCUUGGCAAUAAUCAUUUUAUGUAUUAAAGGAUUAGAAAUGUGAACGACACUAGUGAUUUAUGGACUUUAUGAUAGCAUGAUGUUUCAGAUAUCUGGAUAUCAACUUGUUGAUUAUUUUCCCGUUUUGUUUAUCAUCAUGCAUUACGUUAUACUCCUGAUCCAUCAUGUCUAGAGCUUAGUUCUCAUAUUUGGAUAAAUUUACUUCAGUUUUGCUACAGUAUGGUGUUUGUAAUAUCAAUAUGUAACCCUGUCCAUUUUUAUUUCUAAUCCUGAUAAAAAUGCAAUUUUUUUCUUCAUUCUUUCACUUUCUAUAAAUUAUUAAAAUGAGGGAGACCUUCUAUCUCUUGAUUAAUUAUUCCACAAUCAUUACUCUUGAAUUUUUGCGCAGACUUUUUUCAUGCUUAUCCUUUAAAUAGCCUUAAAUACAUGUAUGGCUGACAGAAUCAGGGUUAGACUCCAUGACGAGGUGGAAAACCAUUGCUAUCCCACCAGAAUGUUGAUUUUGAAUUAAUAGGUGCUAGUUGAAGAACGUAUCUUAUACUCUUUAUGUCUGCUACAUCGAUCACUAGCUUUUAUGAGCUUUUUAUUUCCAGUGAUCCACUUGAAGAAGCAUGCCUUGAAGACUUCAUGAUACUAUCGAUCGUAAAAGGUUACUUGAACUUUCAUACUUGUAGUUUUAGCAUCAUAAUCCAAACCAUUUGCUGUCGUUUGGUCAUUUGAAUAAUAAUAUCAUUCUGAUUAUUCCACUUAUUUUUUAGCUGAUGAUGUUUAUCGUAUUGGAUUCUUUAACACAUUAGUUAUGUUUCGAUAGAGCAAAGUGACAAGGGUAAAUUACAUCACACAGUUUGAAAUAUUUAAUAUAUCUGAUGCCUACGCUUGUAGACGCUAUAUUGCAGGUCUGACUUUUGUACACAGCUGUGAUCGAAUUGGAUGCUUGUGGAACAUCAAAUACUAGGACAGCGAUGGCUUAUGGCUUUUGGAGCUGGCCAAACCUUUAUUUCCUGAAUGAUGGAGAAGUAGUUUUCUAUCCUCUAACAAACUAGGCCACAGGAAUGAUGCGGAUGGCCUGCAGCAGCUCUUCCAUUUAUUGUUUUAUCGUUUUGUGAUCAUUUUUGAUGAAUGAUGAGUGUUCCAUUAUGGCAA